AUGAAACGUAACAUCAACGAUCGUCACUACUACUACUAUUUAAACUGCCGAGAUUUCCCAGAAGAAACUAUUAUCAUAUCCUUGAACAACUUCCUCAGGGGAAAAAAGUGCGUGCGUGCGUGCAUGGCAGCAAUACUAAUGGCGAUGAGGCGUCAUUUCAGUGUUACUAGCAGCAGGACGUUUGCGGGGAAGUGGAGGAGGAGGAGCGGCGGCGGGGUUGAGAAGGAGGAGGAAUCGAGGGCGGCGGCGGCGGCGGCUUGGUGGGUGCCGGAUCCUCGGACGGGGAUAUAUUUCCCUCGAGGGCAGGAGUGGGUGAUGGAGGGCGUGCCGGAGAACGCCGCCAGCCUGGGGCAGAGUUUUUGGCUGCGGAGCGUCGACGGAGUGGAAAAACCCGACCCGGAUCAUGCGGAACGCUAA